GGUGCAGACGCAGGCGGCGAGUUACGCGCAGACAGUCCAGCUGCAACUUUCCACUAAGCAUUUCAUUUACUGUUGUUCAGAAACCACGACCAUCCUUCACAGCGCUCAAACCGUCAGUCAUAGCUGUACAGCGCAGUUAUUCCCUUUGAAGACUCUCAUCUGCUUAUUUCUUCAAUCUGAUAUCACGAGCCUGUCAGCUCACCCACUUAAACCACAGAGGCGUACCUACGCCCUGGACUCAAUUUACGAUUUCGUGGUCCACGCAUAUCCGAACAGUAUUCCCUUCCUCCUUCAAAUAACCCAGCAUGGAUCGUUUCAACCGCAUGCUCGCCGCGGCCUCCGGCAUGGGCAUGGGUGGAGGUGCUCCGGGGCAGGACACCAACCUUGUCGACAACUCCGAGACGGUCUACAUAUCCUCCCUUGCACUGUUGAAGAUGCUCCGGCACGGUCGCGCAGGAGUGCCCAUGGAAGUCAUGGGAUUGAUGCUAGGUGAAUUCGUCGACGAUUUCACAGUACGGGUAGUGGAUGUUUUCGCGAUGCCUCAGUCAGGAACAUCUGUCAGUGUCGAAUCAGUCGAUCCCGUAUUCCAGACCAAAAUGAUGGACAUGCUUCGUCAAACGGGACGGCCAGAAACAGUCGUGGGCUGGUAUCACUCUCAUCCUGGUUUCGGUUGCUGGCUGUCUAGUGUCGAUAUCAACACGCAACAAUCUUUCGAACAACUUACACCUCGGGCCGUCGCCGUCGUCGUCGAUCCCAUACAGUCUGUCAAAGGCAAAGUCGUGAUAGAUGCUUUCCGCCUCAUCAACCCGCAGACAAUGAUGAUGGGACAAGAACCACGCCAGACCACAUCCAACUUGGGACACCUGAACAAACCCUCCAUUCAAGCCCUCAUUCAUGGGUUGAACAGACAUUACUACAGCAUCGGCAUUCAAUAUCGCAAAACAGGUCUAGAAGAGAACAUGCUUAUGAAUCUCCACAAAGAGGUGUGGACGGAAGGACUUGAACUACCACAUAGCUUUGACGGCGAGCGGAAACGCAACGAAGAAGGCCUGAAGCAACUUGUUCAUCUUGCCGACGGAUACGAACGCAGAGUUCGAGAAGAGAAUGAAUUGACACCCGAGCAGCUCAAGACUCGAUACGUUGGCAAAGUGGACCCCAAGAAGCACAUCGAAGACCUUGGCCAGCGGCUGAUUGAAGACAACAUCGUUGCUGUCUCAAGACAGGCCAUUGACAAGGAAGUUAGUGUGGCAAAGAAGGCGCAACAAGCCAAUGGUCACGGACAGUCAAAUGGCGGAGAUGGCUUGAUGGACGUGGAUGAACUGUAGGAACAUGUUCCCAGAGUGUUCGGCGCAACAAACAGGACGAAAGAACGG